AUGUCCUUGCAACCCAACGAAUCAGUCCUUGCGGCCAAUCUAGAUUACUUUGGAUCACUACCAUGCUUUCAAAGAUACUACCAGAGGUCCAACCUCUACCAUGCGGCUCAUUUUAUGUCCCAGUGCAAAGAUCUGCGCGCGACAUCAAACUCUUUCUUCAAUGAGACCAUCAAAUCUCCCAGUACCAUUGCACAUGCGGUGGCAUUGUUCCACCAGGACGUUCAUACUACUCACCCGGACACUGUGGCCAGUGACCGGAUCAUUGGAACCAGUAUCAACAGAGAUGAUCCAGCAUUUCUACUCUUUGUCCAUGUUGGAAGCGGCCUCAAUGGGUUUUCGGGCAUGGUUCAUGGGGGUGUCCUUGCCUCUUUGAUUGACGAGAGCCUCAGUAUCUGCGUUGAAAAGUACAGGGCUAUUCUAUCGAAAGAACGGCAUGCUCUCUUUACAGGAAACCUGAAUAUAUCCUACCACGUACCAGUUCAGUCUCCAGGUGUUGUUUACAUUCGAACAUGGCUUCGACGAAGGGAGGGACGAAAAUGGUUUCUUGAUGCAGAGCUGUUGAAUAAAGAUGAACAGAUGUGUGUGUCUGCAAAAUCAUUAUGGAUCAGCGAGAAGAAGGUUACAAAGCUAUGA